GUUCGGCGAAGUACAGACGCGCGCAACGAUUGUCGCGGUCUGCAGUUGCGAACUUUGUCUAGUGAAGUUUCAAAUAAAAACAUGACAAAUUGUGAAGUUCAUGUUUUCAGUUUACAAUAUGUGUAUUGAACUUGUGGAAAUUAUCAAAUUUUAUUUUUAAUACUGUGACUAAUGAAAGGAGUGAAUAAAGCAUUUUGAUGCUUUCGACAACACCAGAGCCGAUACAAAAGACUCAUCAUGAGUCCCAUCAGUGAGGUGGCCAACUUGACCGGCAACACCUCAGAACCAGUUGACCCCACGGUCAUCUUCGGCCCUCAGAGAGACUCCCUCUUCAUCGUGCUACCUGUCACUAUCGUAUAUGCACUUAUAUUCAUAACCGGGCUUCUAGGCAACAUAUUUACAUGCCUAGUGAUAGUCCGGAACAAAAGUAUGCACACUGCAACAAAUUAUUAUUUAUUUAGUUUAGCUAUAUCAGAUCUCCUUUUACUUAUAAGUGGAAUGCCCCAGGAGAUGUAUUCAAUAUGGUCAAAGUGGCCGUAUGUGUUUGGACACAGUUUUUGUGUGAUUAGAGGAUUAGCAGCUGAGGCGUCAACGAAUGCCAGUGUUUUGACGAUAACUUUAUUUACUGUAGAGAGAUAUUUAGCAAUAUGCCACCCGUUUGUUUCACAUAAGAUGUCGAAGCUUUCUCGAGCAACGAAGCAUGUGAUGUUUCUGUGGGUGGCGGCAGUGGGGCUGGCGCUGCCACAAGCUCUGCAGUUCGGGCUCCUGGAGCACAGCGGAGUGACCAUGUGCCUGCAGACGAGGGUCAUCAUAGAACACUCGUUUGAAAUCUCAACAUUUUUCUUCUUCUUCGCGCCGAUGAUCCUCAUCACAGUGCUGUACUCACUGAUAGGGCUGAAACUGAGAGAAACGAAUAUAAGCAAAGAACAGAGUCAGAAAGAUUUCGACACCAGUAUGAGAUACACCCAUAAAAUCAGACGGAAACAUAGCCAGUCCACGAGGAGAGUCGUCAAAAUGUUAGUGGCAGUUGUCGUGGCGUUUUUCAUUUGUUGGGCGCCUUUCCACGCUCAGCGUCUGGUCGCCAUAUACGGAACCACUGAGAACCAUUACGCGCGCUCUCCGAUUCUCCUCUCCGUGUACUCUCUGAUUACGUACAUUUCUGGAGUGUUCUACUACAUGUCCACGUGCAUCAACCCAAUAUUCUACCACAUCAUGUCCAAUAAAUUUAGGGACGCUUUCAAGAACUCCAUGAUGUUAUGGUGCUGCCGCUCCAACGAGAAGGCGACGGCUAAGCGCUGCUCGUACACAGCUAUGGCCUUUCAACGGAACCCCACUUCCAGCGGUACUGUUAACUCAGGUAAUUCAUUGAAAAACUCAUUGCGGCAUGAGACGAGUAUUCGCUACAAGUCGCGUCCUCACGACGUGCGGGACCGGUGCGUGCCCACGGUGCACGUGUGCCACAACGGCAGGACCAUCGUCACGCCGCCCCUCCACGACUACAGGACCUGCAGCAAGCACUCCUUCCAACACGCCAUGAAGGAGGAAAUCAUCAAUAACAGACACUCCUACUUAGACACAGCAAUGCGCCUCGCGAACGAAAAGCGAAGACCUUGCUCGCCAGUGUGCUGCACCUACCCCUCGUCUCCAACCGAGACUAUCACAGUCACACCCGACGCGUUAAUCAAUAACAUAGCAGAAGAAAAAAGAGAUUACUCCGCAGACGAACCAGAGAAGUACCUCAAAGAGAUCAAGCUAAGAAUAAUACAACGUGAGAAAGAGUAUGGAUAAAAUUAUAUGUAAAUGUGGACUUUGAAAUAAGCCAACCAAAUGAGAACAAUUUGUCAAUUUCUCUACGUCGAAUUAUGUAUAUAGUAAUUUUAAUGGCGUAUAGAUAUACAAAAACCACAAGUGCGUAAUAAUUUUAAGCUGGGUUCAGGAUACAUUUAAUGUACAUAUAAUAUAAGUAUCUGAUAUGAAUUUUUAAACAUUGUGUUGUUUAUUAAAUUAAACUCGGAUCGUUUAACAAAACGUUCGUUUAGGUAUUGAAUUAUAUAAUUCUACCAAGUUUUCUAGUGUAUGCUUCGGCAGCAAUAAGCAUUUAAAAUUGCAAUGUAGGGGCAUUAUAUUACUUGAUUAUUAAUAAAAAGUCAUGUUUUUAUUCUAACAAAACAACCCAUGACCAGAUAAUGAAUAUUGGCACUUUUGAUGGCAGUUCUGCGGGCAAAUCUUUUCAUCAUGAAAUUGACGAUUUGAAAAGGGUGAAAAAAUUAAUAUGAUAUAGUUAUAGUACACUUUACGAAACAGAUAUAUAAAAAAUCUUACGAAUUUAUUACUCAUAGUGAUUGUUACCAAUUUAGAAAGAUAAAUAUUUGCGGUUCCUACGCGUAAUUAUUUAUAACGAGCUUAACUACACCUUCGACAUAUAAAAUGGACGUGAAAAUCAAUAAGAUCAACAAUACCCUUGCCGUGUAUUAUACUCAUCAUAAUCUUGACAUAACUUAAUAAAUCACUUGACGUUUCUAAGGCGACAAAUUACGAACUUUUGCUGUCUCCCUAGCCGACAAUGCAAACUUUCGCUGAAUUCGAAACUUUUGCUUAAUUAGAGUAAUUUCAAACAAAACAAAUUUAUGUUAUGAAAUAUCUAGAAAUAACCCAAAUUGUAGGUUAAUUAACCACUUUCGCAUAAUACAACUAUCAAGUCACAGCUCAAUAUACCUAAUUAAAUGUUGCUGCGUAAUAGCUAUAAAUGGUCUUUCCAAAACAUAAUAAAAUUCCCGUCAAAUAGAUAAAUUAAGGUAUCAUGAGGUAAGGACUUAUGAAAGACAUCUAGAUUUAUAUCUAGAAAUACCACAUGCUGUAGGGAAAUACAACUCAAUGGAUUUCCCGAGACACACUAUUUCCAGCACAACAAUAAACUCGUCAAAAUUGAGACCUUAUGCAAGUAACUAGCUCGACUAUGCAAAAUGGGUCUAUUUUUAAGCAUUAUUACCUCUUUGCAACUUCACCACAUUUAAAGUAGGUAUCAGUAUUAAUCCAGCUUUUGAUCAGUAGACAAUGAACGAGCCAAUUAGACUGAGGCACAUGUCAGAAGCGGAGUUUGUACUAAUACGUAUAAAGUUGCCAUAUUCGAGAGCCACAGUCUGCAUCUUUGCUAGGCUAUAAAGCAUGAUAGGUUAUACCCACGGAGAUAGGAUCAGACGCGUCUUUUUAGAUCAAAUACGUACGAAGGGCAAGACCAAAACGACUGAUCAUUUGACACGAGUGAACUAACGAGGUGUACGGGUUCUUUGAGACUGUCAACGAAUCUGUCAACGAAUUUUCGUAUUACAAAAAAAUGUUGGGUCCAGAAAAUACUUAUGAAGGCGAAGACAGUAACUUUCCUCGUCCGCAUUUUGGCGCGCUACUUUCUUAAGAGAUUUUUCGUUAUGGCACGUCCGGUAGUCAUUUCGUUCUCCAUGGUUAUACCUAUCUACUAUCUAAGGCUUUGAAGGUUUUGUCAGAAAGACACAAUACGUUCCAGGCUCCGCUUUCAUGUCGCCGUCAGCUUUCAGCCCAGUUCAAGGUAUGAAACGUGAAUUAUGUCGUUGACUACGAAACGCCACUGACAACAUUUCAGAAGAACUGAAUCUGUGGGUUUACCAAUUCUUAUUUUGAAAUAGAAUAAUUGCAUUACAGUCUCUUUUCAUUUACAAAAAAAAGAUUUUAAUAUAUCAAAAUACAAUAAAAAGAAUGAUAAGGAGUUUAACUGAAAGUUACACAAUCUUUUUCCAGUUUUUAGACAUACAUAAAUACUAACCUAUCACUCUCAUCUCUCGUAUUAUUAUGUUCAAGUUUACGAGCUAAAACGUAAAAGAUAUAGAAAAAUUAAAAGUGUUUAUUAUGACAAAUAAGUUUGUGCAGAAUUUGAUAUUAUGAUGGAUUUAGAUAUUCAUAAAGGUUUUGGCAAAGUACUUAUAAAAUAUUUUUAUGAAAACUUACAAGUAGGAGAACUUGUUACUAAGAUUUGGAUAUUUUCGAGAAUAAUAAAACAACAUCCUUUCUAUACAUAAUGUAAAUAAAUAUUCCUUGUGCAUGUUUAAGUGCAUUAAGACGUUUUGUAUAAGAUAAUAAUUUGUAAUAUAAUUUUAAUAUGUAAGUAUAAUAAAAAAUAUUAUAAGUCUAUGUACUAUAAGAAGAAUUGUUUACAAAACUGAUAACUGUUAUGGGUAUUUUCACUUUUAAGGCGUAAUUGAUUCAUUUUGCAUUUGAUAUGUAUAUUUGUAUCACUUAUAAAAUUGAAUAAUAUGUACAUAAAUUGUUUAACAUUUUUCCAGUUGUAACUCACAAAGUUACUUAGAUUUGUUUCACUUUACUGAAGUUUUAACAACUUGUCGAUAAUCCAAAGAUGUGCUUAGUCCUAGACUUUUAGACUAGAAUACAUUUGCAUUAAAAGGUGUUCGACGUUUACGACCUUCUAUAAUAAUAUGAAAAUAAGAAUAGCAAUGACCAGGAACGAGCAAACUUUUUGUAAGUCUUGUUUAAGUAAGCUUAUAGAAAAUUGCUACAUUCAUUUUCAGACGAAGUGAUCUUAUUAUAACUACGUUCUUCAUCACUCUACAGUCGACUUUAUGUCGUUCCUUCACUGUUUAAAUGAAAAUAUUACCUAAGAAAACAUCGGUGCUAUUCUUAUUUUAUUAUUUACAUUUUGUAUGUACUUAAAUUUCUAUAUUUUUUAAUAUUAUUAUUAUUUAUUUGUAUGUAGUUUUGUCUUUUCGGGAGAAAGACUUGCAACAAAAGUCCAUUAUGUAAGACUGAGAUUAAAAAAUACUAAUGUCCGAAACGCAAAGGAAUAUCUCAUGUUUUAGUGACUGUUAUAUUUUAGUUUUAGUUCUUGUUUUGUUAUAAGUAAAAUAAUCAGUAGUCCAAUCGCGGAUUUGGCCAAUUCGUGGCAACAGGCACAUUUAUUUGACAAACAUUUUAAAUUAUUCACUAAAAAAACACCAUUGAAAGAAAUCAUAUUUUGGUUCUUAAAAUCCAGUGUAAUACAUUAUAAGACCUGGCCUAAUAAAGAUUACAAUAGUCUUAGGCUAUUCAAUAAAUGUGAGAUGACAUUUGUAAUUUUAAGAUAAUUUACGUUAUAAGUUUUGUUAUGGCAAUAUGGGCAACAUAAUGUCCUAAAAAAAUAGUAGUAAAUAGAUUGUUGUUUUAAGAAUUUAUAUUUUUGUUAAAAAUCACUACACCUAUUCCAUUAGUAUGUGACAAGUAUUGUGUGAUUCAAAACAACAAUAAAAGGGUAGACUUUGAUAAUUGUU